CCGAGCCGGAAGUGGCGCCCCCCUCACGGCUCAGCGUGGCCGCCAUGAAGCCCAUCCUGCUGCAGGGCCAUGAGCGCUCCAUCACGCAGAUCAAAUACAACCGCGAGGGAGACCUGCUCUUCACCGUGGCCAAAGAUCCUAUUGUGAAUGUUUGGUAUUCGGUGAAUGGGGAGAGGUUGGGCACCUACAAUGGGCACACGGGAGCUGUGUGGUGUGUGGAUGCCGACUGGGACACCAGGCACGUCCUGACCGGCUCUGCAGACAACAGCUGUCGGCUCUGGGACUGUGAGACAGGGAAGCAGCUGGCCCUGGUGAAGACCAGCUCAGCCGUGAGGACGUGCGGCUUCGACUUUGGAGGGAACAUCAUCAUGUUCUCCACGGACAAGCAGAUGGGAUACCAGUGCUUCGUCAGCUUCUUCGACCUGAGGGACCCCAGCCAGAUUGAGAACAACGAGCCCUACAUGAAGAUUCCCUGCAGCGAUUCCAAGAUCACCAGCGCCGUGUGGGGCCCGCUCGGGGAGUUCAUCAUCGCUGGCCACGAGAAUGGGGAGCUCAACCAGUUCAGUGCCAAGUCAGGGGAGCAGCUCUCCAAUAUCAAGGAGCACACCAAGCAAAUCAACGACAUCCAGACCUCCCGGGACAUGACCAUGUUCAUCACUGCUUCCAAGGACAACACAGCCAAGCUCUUUGACUGCACAUCCCUGGAGCACCUGAAGACGUUCCGGACGGAGCGGCCGGUGAACUCUGCUGCCCUUUCCCCCAUUUUUGACCACGUGGUGCUGGGUGGAGGGCAGGAGGCCAUGGAUGUCACCACAACCUCCACCAGGAUUGGCAAAUUCGAGGCCAGGUUCUUCCACUUGGCCUUUGAGGAGGAGUUUGGCAGAGUCAAGGGCCACUUUGGGCCCAUCAACAGCGUCGCCUUCCACCCUGAUGGCAAGAGCUACAGCAGUGGGGGUGAGGAUGGCUACGUCCGCAUCCACUACUUCGACCCCCAGUACUUCGAGUUCGAGUUUGAAGCCUGAAGGAGAAUUUCCCUCUCCUCUCCUCUUCUUUUCCCUUCUCCAACCCUUUGCCUCCACCACAGGACUCUUGGGAAGGCCUGAAGUUGUUCUUGGCAGCGAUUUUUGGGAAGUUGGGGAAGUGGGAACUCCAAGCAAAGGGCAGGAGUGGAUUUUACUGGAAUAAAAGUGAAGGGAACUGGGUUGGCUGCCUGCCUGCUGGGCAUAUUUAUAAACCAGGGGAGGGGAAAAAAAGAGGAAAUAAAUAGAAAUCUUUUCUAAACACAA